AUGGAGCCUAAGGAUGAUGAGUAUAGGGUUCAUCUAAAUGGCGCGGGUCCUUUGGUCACAAAUGCCAUAAUUGUCCAUGUUUCAACCAAACAGACGUCAAAUAUUCACAAGCAGCUCAGGCUUGAGAUGGACGGGAAUUCGGUCAAGGUCAAGAGUAGCAUGGAGUCGAGUGUCAAUGGCGUUUAUGUUGUUGGUGAUGCCAACAACGACGGGAGCACCAACGCCCAUCACGCUAUGUGGAGCGCUAAGCGUGCUGCUGUCAAUGCACAUGUCUCGAUAUCUAAACAAGAAUACUUGGACGACGUUCCUUCCGCCAUGGUGGCAGCGGUCGGGGUCGGCGAAGUAUUUUACCAAGAUCAAAUUGAGCAGCAUGAGCUUCAACUUGAUGAUAUCGAGCAAAUGUACAAAGCUCUUGGUGGUUAG